AUGUCUAAUCCACCAAUAUCUGCUCAACCCCGCGCAGAGAAACCUAAAGCUGAAGGCGACUAUCCCGUCGUCAUGGCCAUUGACUUUGGAACAACCUUCUCUGGAGUAGCCUAUGCUCUCAAGGCUGACGGAGAAGUGCACGAUAUCACAAAAUGGCCUCGGCAUCUUGCUCAAUACCCAAAGACACCAACGCUCAGCUUGUACAAAAAGGAUUCGCAAAAGAUUCUAGAUUGGGGACAUGCUGCGCGCUUAGCGAUGCUCAAGCCUGCCGCAAAAGAUUUUGUUCUCCUGCGUAAAUUCAAGCUGCAGCUGGAUGAGACGCUUCAAAGUGCACCUCUCGAGAAUGGCAUCUCAGCACUAGAUGCUGUUACCCAUUACUUGAAAAAACUGCAUGGACAUGUGAUGUCGGAACUGAUGAAGGGCUUUAUUAAGAAUUACGAACCAAGUCAAUUCCAGUAUUGUCUAACUGUGCCUGCUAUGUGGUCUGAUGCAGCCAAAAACACGAUGCGUCGCGCUGCCAUCGGCGCUGGCUUAAUCCAGGAGGGUGACCCACCAAAUCGCUUGAUUUUGAUUUCAGAACCCGAAGCUGCAGCUAUGUACUGUGAGAGGAUGGUCGAUCGAUUCUCACUCAAGCAUGGAGAUCGAUUUAUGAUUUGCGAUGCUGGUGGCGGAACCGUCGACUUAAUUGUAUUUGAAGUUAGCGAACCUCCAGGCAAAUCUCGACACUUGAAGGAGGUGACCCGUGGCCAUGGCGCCUCUUGUGGAUCGGUUUUCUUGGAUGCGAACAUGGAGGCUUUGCUGGAACGCAAAUUUAGGAGAUAUCGCAGAGGUAUUAAGGCGUGUGGGUGGGCAUCUUUGAUGGAUACAUUCGUAGAUAUGGUCAAGCCAAUGUUCAACGGUCAGGAGGACGUACUAAUGCAGAUCCCUCAAGCGACUGGUCUCGAGGAUUUGAACGAUCCUGAUAUUGGACUUGAAGAAGGUGUGCUCUGUGUCCCAGUCGAGGAGAUGAAGGCUGAAGUGUUUGAACCUGUCAUUUCGGAUGUUCUGGAUUUGAUUCAAAAGCAGUUGCACCAAAGUCAGGUAUGCAAUGCCAUCUUUUUGGUCGGAGGCUUUGGGUCUUCACGAUAUCUGGAAGAACGUAUCCGGCAAGAAUUUUCACAUCUUGUGGGCUUAAUUGCCGUUCCACAACGCCCUGAAUUAGCUGUAGUUCGAGGAGCAGUAUAUGCAGGACUGAACACGAAAACUAUUAACAUGCGUGUGGCCCGCCGUUGGUAUGGAGUUGAUGCCAAUAUGCCAUUCGAGGAGGGUGUGGAUCCAGAAUCCAAAAAGAUUAUCUCCCAUGAUGGGUACGUCCGAUGCAAGGAGCGUUUCUCGGUGUAUGUACGGCCUGGACAGCAGAUUGGCGUGGACGAAUGUGUGUCAAAAGAGUAUGUGACAUGGUCUUAUCCUAAGGGUUUAGAUUCACCUCUCUAUGUCUGUAACUCUCCGAAUCAACCAAGGUAUAUUACGGAUCCAGGGGUGCAAAAAAUUGCUGACUUUCAUAUUCCUAUGCCCGAAAUCCCAGGUGCACAGCCCCGCACUCGUGUCGUUUUCCGCUUGAACAUGUAUUUUGGUUUGACUGAAGUAAGAGCAGAAGCCGUCAUUAAUGGCAACACAUACACCACAAUUUGCUCAUUUGGUAACCGCUCCAAUUAA